GAUCAAUGUCAACGACGAGCGAUUUUCAAACCGGAGAACGGGUGCGUGUUGCACAUCAAGGCAACCCACAAUCCUCUAGCUUACAAGCCGAUAUGGACGCCAAAAAGGCGCUUUUGUCUCAAAAUCUGAAUAACGGCCACUUGACAGCUAGGCCUCCAAGGACAACCGGUCCCGGAAUCAAAUACGGUGAGAAAAAACCAAAAAAGCAGAAGGGCAGCGACGAUGACGAUGAGGAUUACGUGGAUGAGACGAUGCCUAGUGAAGAUGAAGAAGAUUUCGAUAAUAAUGAAGAAGACGAGGAUGAUGAUGAUUAUGAAGAAGAAGGUCCAAGAAAGCGUAAAGCUCCGUCAAAGAAGAAAUUGGUAUAUCCUCGAGAAAACUACCGACGCGAGGAUUCUGAGACACCCGAGCCAGAGAUGAAACGAAUCCGAACACUAUCGGAUUCCAGUGACGAUGAAUGGAUGACAAAACCACGGCUAAAUGGUUCAGAAUCUCCAAUUGGAAAUGUAAUGAGAACUCAAAUGGCAAAAAGAUCGGCCGCCUCGAAGAGAAAAAUUGUAAUUGACGAUGAAAGUGAAGAUGAUUUUAUCAAUGAUGAAGAAAUAUCAGAGAAAGGAUCAGGAAAAGGAUCAGAAAAAGAGGAAUCAGAAGGAUCUGGAAAGGAUUCAGAGACUGAAGAGGUUACAAUGAAACAGGGACAAAGUCUGAAAGCGGCAAUGGCAAAGGCUCAAAAGGAACAGAAAAAGAAAGCAGAAUCUGAUGAAGAUUGGGAAGAAGAUGAAGAUGAUAUGAAUGCAGAUGGUGAUGAGACACCUUCUGAUGACAGUGAUAUAGAGGAGCGUCGCGCGAAACGUGGUGAAACAAAAAACCAAAAAGAAUGUCGAGAAUUCUUUAAUAAAGCAAAAAAAGAGGAUCUCCUUCAACAGGCUCGAAUCAACGAUAAAAUCGCAGAUUUCGUUCUCGCAAAUCGCCCAUUCGAGAUCUACGGAGCUAUGGUUGCCAAGAUGAAAGGAGUUACACGUGGUACAAAUGCAAUUGAAGCUUAUAUGGAAUUUCUGGAAAAACGUGGAAUUUUAUCGAGAAUUUUGGAUGAUUGUAAAGAUCACGCACAUACAGUAACCAAAGAUUUUGAAAGAUGUACAGAAGGACCUCUACAACUUCCGCUACUCAAAGAAGGAUGUACACUUCAUGAUUAUCAACUUAUCGGUGUUAAAUGGCUUAUUAUGAUGUAUAAUAAGGAUUUAAAUGCAAUUCUCGGAGACGAAAUGGGUCUUGGAAAGACUAUUCAAAUUGUUGCAUUCCUUUCAUAUUUGAAACAAAUCGGAAAAACUGGACCUCAUUUGAUUGUUGUACCAUCAUCGACUAUUGAGAAUUGGAUUGGAGAAUUUCAUAAAUGGUGUCCGAGUAUCCAAUUGCUCACGUAUUAUGGAAGUCAGGAUGAGAGAAAACAUUUGAGGCAUCGGGUUAAGAAACAAAAGGAUCAUAUCGACGUAAUCCUCACCACAUACAACAUGGUAACCUCAAAAUCGGACGACAAAAAAUUCUUCAAAAACUUUUCUCUAAACUAUGUGAUCUACGAUGAAGGUCACAUGUUGAAGAAUUGCGAUUCCGAACGUUAUAGAGGAUUGAUGAAAGUUAAAGGAAAAAAGAAGAUUCUAUUAACAGGAACUCCUUUACAAAAUAAUCUCAUUGAGCUGAUCUCUUUGAUGUAUUUUGUGUUAUCAAAAGUAUUCAAUAAGUAUUGUGAAGAUAUUACUCAUCUUCUUCAACAUUUCAAACAACUCGGCCCAGCACUUGACACGAAAAAUAAGGCAUUGUAUCAACAGGAUAGAAUUGAAGAGGCCAAGGCAAUCCUACAACCGUAUAUUCUCAGAAGACUUAAGAAUCAAGUGCUCGGAAGUUUGCCGUCGAAAUCUGAACAGAUUAUUGAGGUGGAGAUGAAGAAACCGCAGAAGCAACUCUAUGAUAAUAUUGUUGAAGCACUCCAACAAUCUGAAGAGUCUGGCGACUCAUACGGAUCCCUAAUGCGUCUCCGUCAAGCAGCCAAUCAUCCAUUACUCCGACGUUCCGAAUACACUGAUCAAAAACUCGAUAAGAUAGCCAAAAUGCUGUGCCUCAGAGAAAAAGCCUACGCUGACAAGAAGUGGCAGCACGUGUCAGAAGAUCUCGCCUGGUUAUCCGAUAUUAAGAUCCAUCAACUGUGUGAACGAUUCCGAUGUACGAGUAAAUUCCUGCUCAAUGAGCAACUUGCACUGAAAAGUGGGAAAUGUGAGCAGUUGGAUGUGAUGCUCCCCGAGAUUCAGAAAAAAGGAGAUAAAGUGUUAAUAUUCUCACAGUUUACAUCAAUGUUGGAUAUUCUAGAGGUUUAUCUCAAUAUUCGUGGAUAUUCAUAUAAAAGACUCGACGGACAGACUCCUGUACUUGAUCGUCAGGAAAUGAUUAAUGAAUUCAAUCUUUCAAAGGAUCUAUUCGUAUUCCUACUCUCCACAAGAGCCGGUGGACUUGGAAUUAAUCUCACAUCGGCUAAUCAUAUCAUCAUUCAUGAUAUUGAUUUCAACCCGUAUAACGAUAAACAGGCAGAGGACAGAUGUCAUCGUAUGGGACAGGAAAAGCCUGUGCAUGUCACUCGGCUUGUGAGUAAGGGUACUGUAGAAGUUGGAAUGUUGGCGUUGGCGAAGAAGAAGUUGCAAUUGGAGAAACAGGUUACCGAUGGUGUCAAGGGACAGUUGGAUGAAGACGCCCUCCGUGAGCUGAAAGAAGAAGAAGGCGGUGAACAAUGCGGUGGCCGUGAUCUAAGUAAACUUCUUUCAUCGGCGAUCAGUGGACGAUAUGAUGACGUGGAAGAUGAUUCUGGAGAUUCGAAAAAUGGAAUUGAUGCUGAAGAAGCAGCUAAAAAAGAAGAUGAAGCUGUGAAAGAGCCUGUCGAAAAAGAGCAGCAAAAAGAGGAAGAAUCUCAACCUUCUACAUCUGCUUAAUCACUUUUUUCCCGUUCAUUUUCACCCAAAAAUGGUCAAAAUCCUCAUAAAUUCACGGAAAAGCGGGGACAAAAUCGGAUUUAGUCAGAUUUUAUCGAUUUUCAGCCAAUUUUUCCAGGUUUUUGACCCCCAUUUUCAUUAAUUUUACUUUUUUUUCCAAAUUUCAAUUACUAGUGAUCUCCAUCCAUCAUCCCAUCUGCAAAACACUUUAAACGUUGGUUCUCAAUUGUUUCUUUUUUCAAAAUUUCAAUUUUUAUAUAUUUAUUUUCAUCCAUAUAUAUUUUUUUCUGUAAUUCCUACAUUUCAAAAAAAAUCUCAUCAUUUUUAUCCCAAAAUAUUCUUUGUAAAACAAUUGUUUUCUGUCCAGUAUUGCAUAUUCCGUUUUUUUUUGUGAAAAAUUAUUGGCACCUUAAUUUUAAAAUUUUUAUUUUAUUUUUUAACUUAUUCAGACGGAAAUUGCUUCUUUUUUGGUGUAUUCAAUGAAUAUGGUGAUUUUUU